AUGGCAUCCGCAAAGAAGAAGACGAAGAAACAAUCUCCAGAACUGACUUCAAAUCCAUCACUUCCCUAUGAUUUGGUAUUAACUUGCUUCGCACGUGUAUCGAGAUUAUACUACCCGACCACUCUCUCUUUAGUCUCCAAGAGCUGUCGAUCCCUCAUUGCUUCACCAGAGCUUUACAAGACUCGGUCUCUCUUAAACCACAAAGAGAGUUGUCUUUAUGUGUGCUUAGAGUUCUCAUCUGACCCUAACCAACGUUGGUUCACUCUCUGCCGGAAACCUAAUCAAACCCUAACCAAUAAGUCAAGUGUGUAUGCUUUGGUUCCAGUCCCAGUUCCCAGUUCACCUCCUGUGAACUCUAACCGUCUCGUGACAGUUGGUUCUAAUAUCUAUAUCUUUAGCAGAUGCAAUGAGAAUGCACCCUCGUCUAGCGUCUCAAUUGUAGACUGCAGGUCUCAUACGCGGCACGAGGCUCCGAGGAUGCGGAUGAAGCGGUCUCACCCAGCUGUUAAUGUUGUGGAUGGAAAGAUAUAUGUAGCAGGAGGCUUGGAAAUGGAAGACUCUAAAUCCUCAAAUUGGAUGGAGGUUUUCGAUCCAAAGACUCAAUCUUGGGAACUUGUUUGUAGCCCUCUUGAUAUGAGAUGUUGUAGUAUACACAAGAGCUUCGUGAUUGAAGGAAAAAUCUACUUGUUUGGGGGAAAGGAUAUGGCUUACAAGCCAAAAGAAGAUAAAUGGAUAGCGAUUACAGAAGAGAAUUUGUAUUAUAUAUUAGGACGAAGUUGGCUUUCAUAUCGCGUGAUUGAUAACGUAAUAUAUUGUUGGAAUCGUCAAGAUGGAAUCAUGUGGUAUGACUCUGAGGUAAGAUACUGGAUUAAACUGAAGGGUCUUGAAGGAUUGCCAACGUUUGCUGGUUAUAGUUCUGUUAGAUUAGUGGAUCAUGGUGGUAAGCUUGUUGUUUUGUGGGAUAAGUAUGUGCCUGCAAGUAGGUAUAAGGUGAAGGUGAUUUGGUGUGCAGUGAUUUCGCUUGAGAAACGUAACAGUGAAAAGGUUUUGGGGAAGGUUGAGUGGUUCGAUGUGGUUCUAACAGUCCCUAAGUCUCAAUUCUUGUGUGCUAUUUCCGCUACUGUUUGA